AUGGCUGGCACAUGCAUUAACACAAUCAAGUUGUUAGGCUUUGGCUCGCUUGGGUUGCUCACCUCAUCCAUCAUAUAUCAAUCGAUCCAGAAUAUCCCACAGCUAAUUCACCAAUUAAACUCCAUCUACCAAUUCAAUGUAGCGCAAUUGAACCAGCAAAUAUCAAAGACAAAGGCAUUUGUAUUUGGAACACGUAUAGUAAAUGGCUUGUUAACCGGAUUUAGCACAUUGUUCUUUUCAUUAGCUUUCAAGUAUAGUGUGGUUGAUGAAAAACACCCAUACUUGCUUUACGCUGCCAUUGGUGCACCACUCAGUUUGAUUGGAUUAUACCUCAAUGCAUGGAGUUACGAAGGCAAAAUUUUGGACAAGAAGCAAGCGGGCUCUACUACUACUACUACCAAUUUGCCUGAAAAUGCUGUUGAAAAGAAGAAACUGGCUAAAUUCGCAUUUGUUACUCCAACUGCACCAAGUUCAAUCUCUACUGCUUCUGAAGAUGAUGAUGAAGAAGAAGAAGAAGAAGAUGAUGAUGAACCUGUUGAGGUUGUCUCCAGAGUCAAUACUGUCGAUGAAUUGGGAAGAUCUUAUGUCCACUUAUCUGACGAAUCUGGAAUCUCUACUCCAACAUCAACACAACCUUCAUCACCACACUUGAAGCAACAAGAUGAUGGAAACGGCCAUGCUGAUGUUAAUGAUAUGCCAAAACCAGCAAAGAAAGGAAAUGAAGAUCAAAAGGAAAAAGCAAAGGAGAAAAAUGAUGGUGAAAUUGAAGCAGAGAUUGAAUCUACAUUGUUGAAGAAAGAGAUUAUCCAUGAUUUACAACAGAUCCAAUCUGGUUACUCUAUUGCAUCGUACAUCUCAGGUGCCAGUUUAGUACUUGCUGCUGUGGGAUUGUUUGGUGACUUCUACUUUGUUCAUUAA